UUCAAGUGUUACGUAUACACUCGAUAUAGCAUGCAUAGGAAAUACCCUACACAUACUUGUCAGUUCGGUUCAACAAUAUAAUAAAGAUGGGUGGAAGCAACGAGAAACAGUCAUCGACGAUUCCUUUGAAUGAUGAUUUCGACGGACUAAACAAUAUAAUAGCAAUAAAGAUUGAAGGAAGCAUUGCCAAUGGGUCAUCAACGGCAUUCUCAAACAAUAACGAAGAAAGGUCACAAGACACAGCCUUGAGGGAUGACAAGACAGCUGCAAAAUGCCUGUCACACCUUUACCUCUCGAAAGAAUUUUCCGACAUCGACCUCAUUUUCGAAAACGAUUCCAGCACUAUUUUUCCGGCUCAUAAAGUUGUACUGAGCAUGCGCAGUAAAGUUUUUGCAGACGAGUUAAACAGCUCUUAUGGACCAAUUACAGUGCUUCUUAUAGGUGUAAAGCCUGAAAUAAUGCAGGUUGUUUUGAGAUUUAUCUACACAGACAAUACAGAGUUGAGCAGUAAUAUUGUUAUAUCCUGUCUGUAUGCAGCAAAAGGGUUCCACUUACAUGGUCUUGAACAAAAAUGUUGGGACUUCCUUGAAAAGACAAUUGAUGCAAAUAACGUCUGCCUGCGUUAUAACGAUGCCAUCACUUAUAAACUGAAGCAUCUUGAAGAAACAUGUCUUUCAUUUAUUAUUGCAAACGCAACAAAUGUUCUGUUUACACCAGGAUUUCUAGAAUUACCACAAGCUUCAUUACUCAAUGUGCUUAAACAAGCAGAAAUGGCUGCUGAUGAAUUGGAUAUAUUUAAAGCAGCAAUGAAAUGGGCGGAAAAGAAUUGUGAGACCAACAGCAUACCUAUAACUGGGGAAAAUAUGCGAAAUCAACUUGAUGAAGCAUUGUUCGAAAUACGAUUUGCAACUAUACCAAUACAAGAGUUAGUGAACGUUGUUGCUCCGUCUGAAAUUCUGACAAAAGAAGAAAUGACCAUACUGUAUAGGUUUCAUGCAAUAAAAAAACAAGCGGCUUUAGAAAAAAACUUCUGUAAACUCGAACGUACUAGAGGACCUAUUAUAAUUGAUCUUGGACAAUAUGACAUAUCUGCAUUUGAUCAUUGCGGAAAACAAAAAAAUUACGCUUUGGAGAUUGAAUGCGAAUUUUAUGACAUGACGCGUGAUGAGUCCGUGUCAAGUGAAAAUCAGGUUGAAUAUAACAGAAACAGCAAAUCGCUUAAGUUAAAAUCAAUCUCUGGCACGUUUGUUGAAAGUGUCAGAAAAAUCGUUGUUUCUAACUCUAUUCUAAAUGACUAUGAAGUUGUUGGAAAUAAUAUAACUUUCCAAACUCCGAUUGAAAUGUGCAACGGUGAAAUUAUUCAAUUUAUUCCAGGUAAGCCUGUCGCUGUUAAAAACCUAAACGGUUUAAGUCUUGAAUGUUUUAAAAUUAACCAAAACGGAGAUGUAUUUUCUCUAGUGCAGUUUCCUGCCACGACGGAAACAAUCACAUUUCUGAAAUGAUUCGAUAUUCUAAUGACGCGUUUGCUGAAAUGCCAUAGAAAUAUGCGAUGUAUUAUGAAAUUGAUAUAUGUGUAAGUUAAUUUUGUAUGAAUGAAAUAUAACUGUUUAUCGGAAGCUCGGUAGAGCCUCGUUACAGCUGUAAACAAUUACCAUCGAGCUAGAUUAUCCAGCCGGUAUCCACAGCAGGUGUAAGAUUCUUAUUAUCGACAUCGACAUAGGUCAUCGCUUUUAUGUGGUUUCGGUUUAUUUGGCUUUAUUUGACGAAGUGAAUUAUUUUAUCGCGCAUUUCCUAAAAUCUACACCCUUAAACCAUUACCAUACUUUAUAUCAUUAUCGUUGGUAUAAAAAGGGAAGACAAUUUUUUUACUCAUGAUUAUUCUUCAUUAUUAGCUAAUAUUUCUGUUAAAAGUCGGAUUUUUCAACUUUUUCACAGAAAUGAUUACCAUAUUGAGACGACGUGUCGCGCGCAACAUUUGGGUUGCUUUCCUGAAGGUCAAGGUCACAGCAUGACCUUGCAGCAAAAUCUUGUCACUACCUUGUUUUUACACUGUGACAUAACUCUGACACUACAAGAGGUAUACCUUCCAGUGUCCAAAACCUAUUUAGGGAGCAUCACUCGGUUCAACCGGCCCUUGUUAACAAUGGUGACUGAAAUGAUGAAUUUAUCAUCGAACAUUCUUUCAUUAUCAAAGUAAUAUAAAGUUUGUUCUUUUUUCUUAAACAUUUUUUUUAUAUUCGGACUGCUCUCAGUUCAGUUACUUCUGCAUCAAUGUGUAA